AUGCUCGCAUCGCGUCCUUCUCUUCCCGACUUCCUCGCGUUCAUUUCUUCACCCCACCCGCCCCCAAACGCCAAAUCUAACAGCAAAGGUCCGGAACCUUCUAGCCGCACCUAGGGUUUGGAUUGGCGCCGAGCAUGGCGUACGUCGACCACGCCUUCUCCAUCUCCGACGAGGACGACCUCGUCGGCGGCGCCAUGGGGGGCCCGCGCGGGGCGCCCGUGAAGGAGAUCGCCUUCGCCGCCGCGCUGCUCGCCUUCGGGGCGCUCGGUACCAUCGGUGGCCUGCUAAUGGCUGUCAACCGCGUCGGAGGGGACCGCGCGCACGGAAUUUUCUUCAUGAUGUUGGGCAUUGUAAUGUUCAUCCCUGGGUUCUACUACACAAGGAUCGCCUACUAUGCUUACAAAGGUUACAAGGGUUUCUCUUUUUCGAACAUCCCACCGAUCUGAAGGAGUGUGCUGCCUGCCUGCUGGUCAUGAAGUGGUGUCGCUGGUUUAAGAGUUUGUCGACUCUGUCGAAUGGCUCUGUAGACACCCUUGUUCUACAUCUUUCUGUGGCCACAUUCUCUUUGAACACUCUAGAAUGAACUGGUGGAUGUGUACAGAUAAAUGCAGCCAUAGUUGUGCUCCAUCGCUGUUUGGCCGAUUGGAAGGUUGUUUGUUGUGCUAGUGUGACCAUGUUCAACUGAUACGCAUUGCUACUUGUGCAUUACUAUCGUUUUUGUCAGGGACCUUAAAUCAUUAUAUGGGAAUAAGAUCUCGUCGUUCCAA